AUGUCCAACAGUCCGUUACAGCCAGAAGUUCUAAGCCAGCAUGUGAGCUUGCGGACAGCCACAACACUCAGGCCACGCUUCUGCAGUUUCUCUGUAGAGAUCCUAGUGAGAGUUCUAUGCACAACGACAGCGGCAGAGCUCACCAACUUCCGAUGCUGCUGCAUGGCAUUUGAUGCGCUCUUCAUCGCAAACGAAUCUGCCGUCAUCGGCAGCAUUCUCAACAAUCAUUUCUAUCACACUGCAUCUAAGUUCUACGACGUUGUCUUUACUCCUGGACCUCUGCGCUUUGGAUGCCUCAAACACAUCGCAUGCCGCUGCUACAUCGCCGAUAUACUGGCAACGUCAAUCGAAGAACAUCGUGUAGGACAUGGUCUCGCCACAACAACCAGAAUAGGAACGGAAACCGGGCCAUACCUUCUCUCGUUAGGGCAUAUCUUCGAGAUUUAUCGCAAAGCCCCCGCCAACUACACAAGCAGUCCUUCAUACGCACCAUCAGUUCGAUCCUACAGCGCUAAAAUGGCGGGAGAGAUUCUGAAAGCAAUUUACAACGAGAAAACAGUCCAACCGAUCUGUCUCAUGUACAAACACCUGAACCAGAUCAUCGAUCAGAAGUUCAUUGGUAGAGAGCUCACCAUAUGGUACCCGCUACCAGUCGCGAGAACUCCACCAGGAACUAUCGACAAUUUCACUUUCGGAGGCCUUGAGAUGGUCAAAGACAUCGUGACGCAUCCGCGGUGGUACGAUCGGCUCAAGUAUAUUGCCUCCCAUUUCUCCAAAACGACGACGGCCCCUAUCCCCAGAGUUAAUGGAGAACCACUCGCUGUGGCCAUUCCUUCGUCGGUUUUGGGUCACAGGUUGAAUACGGCCACGAGUCACAGAAUUUGCAACCUGUUGUCCGUUUACAGCCCUAUAUUACAGAUACGCAGCAUUGAGGUUUUUGGGUUUCCAAGGGUCGAGCCCGCUGAAGAGCUGGACAUGAGCCGGGACUUCUUGGAGCACUUGAAGUCGUACAAUGGGGAGGAGCCGAAGCUCGUGCUUUGA